UUCCAGCGGUUACUGGCCCACCCACACUUGGCACACAGUAGGUACCCCCGCUGAUGAUGGGCUGAACUGCUCUGGGAAUUUAAAGUGCCAAUAAUCUGUCAAAUCAUACUCCUUGCUGGGAAAGUGCACUUCAUAUAAAUCAACCUCUCACUCAAAAUAUCUAAUAUCUAUGAGGAGUUGUCAAACUGCCAAAAAAUAAAAAUAAAAAAUCAAAUGAACAUUUAGAAAUGUGCUCCGGGCUAAAAUCUCAACUUUAAAUGGUGAAACUGGCCUACAAACAAGCUUUACACAAUUUCAAAAAGUUCCUGAUUACGGUUCCUUAGUAAGAGUUCCUCUCUUCAGUUCUUCCUUCCUUUCUAAAAAAGCACACACACACCAAAGCCAACUCUCAUUUCAAAUUCACACCGCCAGACACACACACACAAAGAAAUGGAGACGGCCAACAGAGGCAAGAUCGCUCUUGGUCUGGAAAUAAAUCUGAUUCUAUUUUAUGUCGUGGACUACACUCACAAGGCCGUUACCAUCGAGUGCACCUUCUCCCCCGUCGGAUGCUCUACAAAGCCACCGAUUAGUCUGUGGUUCCGCUAUGGCGCUCACCAGUCGGAGAACCUAUGCUCACGUGGAUGCCACAGUGAGGCUGACAAGUUCACAGUGAGAGAGUCCCCGGCACAGAACCAAGUUUCCAUCACUGUGAACAGGGUGUCUUUAAAUGACAGUGCAAUUUACAUCUGUGGAAUAGCAUUUCCAAGUUCAGUGAAACCCAAAGCUAAGCAAACCGGAGGAGGUACCACGUUGGUGGUGAGAGAAACUAAGCUUCUCAGUAAGGGGCUACGGAACACCCUGAUAGUGCUCUUACCGCUGCUCUGCAUCUAUGUCACUGGUGUGGGUGUGAUCUUCAUCAUCCUCUCCCAAUCAGAAUCCAACAAUCUAAGGAACAAAGAAACAGAAGAAGACUCACGAAAGAAGAGCGCUCGGCAGAUUUUUCAGGACAUUGCUCAAGAACUAUACCGUAAGAGAUACGUGGAAACGAGUCAACAGCCUGAGAAAGACAGAAACAGUUAUGAAAACAGAAGAGCACUUUACAAUCAGCAAAGACUAUAGAAAUGUUUUAAUUUUUAAUUAAGCCACUGAAAAUCCAACUCCGGAAGCUAUGGCGGUGUUAAUGAACAUACAACAAUCGGGGUUUUGGACAACUGGCUGCAAAAAGAAUGCCAGAGUAUAAGAAAACUAUGACUAAUAGCAACUAUCAAAAAAUAUUAAAACUCAACAAAAUACAACUGAAAAAUACUUUCACAAUUUACUAGGAAAAAAUCUCAGCCUAACAUCUUCAAAAACUUCAAUUUUUAUAACAUAUCCUAUGUUUUUCAACAUAUGAGGCAUGUGAUAACCAUUAUCCUGAAGAAGAUUCAAAGUCACAACACGUGCCUCAAUCCUGAGUGGAAGAAUUGUCUUUAUGGGCUGUGGAAGUAGAGGGACAAUUGGACUCAGCUGAGUAGAAGGACGGAAGGAAGGGAAGGAAAGAGAAGAGGAAGGAGGGAGGGAGAUGGGAGGAAGGGAUGGAGCAAGGACUGACUUAAGGGGCAAAAUUAAAUCAGGGCGAAAAUUAUUUCCUCUGAUAUUGCAAUGGGGCAACAGUACAGUGCACAUUUCUUGCCAAGGUAUGCAAAAUAACUCACAUCAUGCUACCAGCAAAGAGUGAGACUAUAACAAAAUAGAGAACAGAGUGAGAAUACAAUAGCGAAAAUACAGAAAAUCCAAAGCAGACCUUGACUGAAGGUUAAACAGAGAAAGCCUCGGAAGAAAUAAGCCACGGCUGACUCUAGGUGUCAGUGUUGUGCCAAAUAACAGCACUAGGAAGGCGUGUGUGAAACGCACAGUACUGUAUGAGCACCUCUGCCAUACAGAUUUUUGGUAAAUUUAGCGGGAAGACAUCCGAGAAGGGUCGGGUAGAGCAAGGACACAUAUGGAAUUCGUUAGUAUUUCACUAAGAAAACACGAUAAAGGUUGCUCUUUGAAAGCUACUUCAGUGUAAAAAAUCUAAAGUACCUACAAGUGUGUAUUCACUAUUAAACAUGAAUUACAACCUA